AUGUGGGUCCUCCUCCGUGUCCCGGGGCUCCUAGCUUCCCUGACCUUGCUCCACGCUGCAGUGUCUGUCACAUGUGCACAGUCCACCAGCACUGCUGCCAUCUCUGAUACUGUGAGUGAGGUCAAGGCCCAAGUCAGCAAGGCCUUUCUGGAAUCUCGGACCAGGCUGACGACUGCCAUGAGCUCUGAGGCACCCAACAUGCGACAGCUCUCAGAGUACCUCAAGCAUGCCAGGGGCUGGACGCGCACGGCCAUCCGCAACGGGCAGGUGUGGGAAGACUCCUUAAAGAGACUGAGGCAGAAAACGACUUUGACCAAUGUUACAGACCCGAACCUGGACUUGACUGCACUCUCUCGGGAGGUGGGCUGUGGUGCCCCGGUGCCUGUGGUGAGAUGCGACAACAGCUCUUACCGCACCAUUACAGGAGACUGUAAUAACAGGAGGAACCCUGAGCUGGGCGCCGCCAACAGGGCGCUGGCGCGCUGGCUGCCCGCCGAGUACGAGGACGGGCUCUCCCUGCCCUUCGGGUGGACGCCGGGAAAGACGCGGAACGGCUUCCCGAUCCCGCUGGCCCGUGAGGUAUCCAACCAGAUUGCAAGCUAUCUGAGUGAGGAGGGUGUUCUGGACCCAAACACAUCCCUGCUGUUCAUGCAGUGGGGUCAAAUUGUGGACCACGACAUGGAUUUUGCCCCUGACACUGAGCUGGGGAGCAGCGAGCACUCCAAAGAGCAAUGUGACAAGUACUGUAUCCAAGGAGGCAACUGCUUCCCCAUCAUGUUCCCAAGCAAGGACUCUAAGGUGAAGACUCAAGGGAAGUGCAUGACUUUCUUCCGAGCCAGGUUCAUCUGCCCCACUCCACACUACCAGACCCUGACCCGAGAGCAGAUCAACGCUCUGACCUCCUUCCUGGACGCCAGCUUCGUGUAUGGCCCCCAGCCCAGCCUGGCCAGCCGCCUCCGCAACCUUAGCAGUCCCCUGGGCCUCCUGGCUGUCAACCAGGAGGUCUGGGACCAUGGGCUGGCCUACUUGCCCUUUGACAACAAGAAGCCAAACCCCUGUGAGUUCAUCAACACCACCGCCCACGUGCCCUGCUUCUUGGCAGGUGAGUCUAGGAUUAUCACCUUUAGGGACUACCUACCCAUUGUGCUAGGUGUGGAGAUGCAGAAGUGGAUCCCUCCAUACCAAGGCUACAACAACUCUGUGGAUCCCCGAAUUUCCAAUGUCUUCACCUUUGCCUUCCGCUUUGGCCACUUGGAGGUCCCCGCCACUGUGUCUCGCCUGGAUGAGAACUAUCAGCCAUGGGGUCCAGAACCGGACCUCCCCCUGCACACCCUCUUCUUCAACACCUGGAGGAUAGUCAAAGAUGGUGGAACUGACCCUCUGGUGCGGGGCCUGCUAGUCAAUAACUCCAAGUUGAUGAAGCAGAACAAAAUGAUGACAGGAGAGCUGCGCAACAAGCUUUUCCAGCCCACUCAGACGAUCCACGGCUUUGACCUGGCUGCCAUUAACAUACAGCGCUGCCGGGACCACGGGAUGCCUGGGUAUAACUCCUGGAGAGGCUUCUGCAACCUCUCACAGCCCCAGACCCUGGCGGAGCUGGGCGCUGUGCUGAAGAACAAGAUUCUGGCUAAGAAGUUCCUGGAUCUCUAUGGAAGCCCUAGCAACAUUGACAUCUGGAUUGGGGCUGUCGCUGAGCUGCCGGUAGAAAGGGGCCAGGUGGGGUCUCUCUUGGCCUGCCUCAUGGGGAAGCAGUUCCAGCAAGUUCGAGAUGGAGACAGGUUCUGGUGGGAGAACCCUGGGGUCUUCACUGAGAAGCAGCAGGACUCUCUACGGAAAAUGUCCUUCUCACGCCUUGUCUGUGACAACACCCACAUCACCAAGGUCCCCCUGAACCCAUUCAAAACCAACAGCUACCCCCAAGACUUCGUGGACUGCUCAGCCAUUGAGAAGCUGGACCUCUCCCCCUGGGCCUCAGUGGGGAAUUAGGGGCCUCCCACACCGUGCAGGAAAGCUCCCUUUGGUUCACCAUGCCAUUUCAAGCCAGUUCGGUGGUCAGCCCCUGAGUCAUCCACACCCUGUCCCAGCCCUUCUUUCUCACCAGGUCUUGCUCACUUGCCAGAUGCAUACCUCCCACAAGCCCAAGGCCAGAGCCUUGGCUGUUCCAUCUCUUCCACUCGAAAUCCACUGCUCCCAUCUCCUCUUCCUGGGGAAGUCCACGUCUGCUGUGGUGUAGACCUGCUGGGAUGCCCUUC